CGUGUCAUCAUUAGCAUGGCUCCGCCCCAGCCGGGUCGGGCCGGGCACCUCCCUGGGCCCCGAGGCGGCGGCGGCGGAGCGGCCGGCGACAUGAGCGGGGUGGCAGCGGCGGCAGCGGCUGGAGCGGGAGCUGGGCAGGGGCGCGGGCGGGGCCGUCCAGGGGCGGCCCUCUCGGCCCCGGCCCCGGCCCCAGCCGGGGAGACGCAUAAGCUGGUCGUCGUGGGAGGCGGCGGCGUGGGCAAGAGCGCGCUCACUAUCCAGUUCAUCCAGUCAUACUUCGUGUCUGACUACGACCCAACCAUCGAAGACUCCUACACCAAGCUGUGCAGUGUGGAUGGGAUCCCGGCCCGGCUGGACAUCCUAGACACCGCCGGGCAAGAGGAGUUUGGGGCCAUGAGGGAGCAAUACAUGAGAGCCGGCCAUGGCUUCCUGCUGGUAUACGCUAUCAAUGACCGGCAGAGCUUUAACGAGGUAGACAAGCUGCAUACUCAGAUCCUCCGUGUCAAGGACAGAGAUGAUUUCCCCAUCGUGCUGGUGGGCAACAAGGCUGAUCUGGAGACCCAGAGACAGGUGCCCCGCUCUGAGGCCUCAGCCUUCUGUGCCUCCCGCCACAUAGCCUACUUUGAAGCGUCAGCCAAACUCCGGCUCAACGUGGAUGAAGCUUUUGAACAGCUGGUUCGAGCUGUCCGGAAGUACCAGGAGCAGGAGCUGCCCCCCAGCCCCCCAACCCCUCCUAGGAAGAAGGCUGGGGGCAGUGGUUGCCCCUGCCUCCUCCUUUAACCCCUGCGUCCUGGGGACUGGAGCAGCACCUCAGGAGAUGGCUCUGUACCCGCCUUGCUGUCCAGGGCCCUUCCCCCUAUGGGGCCUGUUACCUCUCCUGUCCAAUGGCAUGGAUCAACUAUCGGGGAGGGAGGAGUGCAGGGGAAUCCCUGAAGCACUCCCCCCCACACUGCCCCUCCAUGUCCAGUUACACUACACCAACCAGGCCCCUCGGAUGGGGUCACCCAGUGCCUUCCUCACAGCGCAUACCCUUCCCUUUCUCCCUCAGAAUCACAAUUGUAUAUACUCUGCCACCCCUCUCAAUAAACCUCACUGCCAACACCA